GAAAGGCCGGUCGCCAUGGAGACAAGGGGCGCGCCGGCAGCCGUUGCGCCGAGGUGGUGCCAGGGAGAGCAGUUUGUCGGGCUGGGGCCGCGGCUCCGGGCACCCGACAGCACUGACAGCGAACCUUUCCGGGCGCGCGAUGCCUCCUCUCGGCCGUCACCACCUCAGCCCUCGAGGAUAGGGCGCCGGGCUACCGCGGGCUCCGAAAGCGCAGGUGGCCUGGUGAUGGCGCGGGGCGGGGCCUCGGGCCGUUCGGGUCUGUGGGAAACAUCCGCUUCCGGGGCCGCGGCCAUCCCACUGCUCGGCUCCGUGGGCCCCCGGAGCUGCCCGUGGUAUCGGAUACGGCGUGCGAUCCCCGAGUCCCGGCUGCCCUCGCCCGGCUGCCAGCCUUCUGAGCCAGUCAUGUUGGAGCAUCUGAGCUCGCUGCCCACACAAAUGGAUUACAAGGGCCAGAAGCUAGCCGAACAGAUGUUUCAGGGAAUUAUUAUUUUUUCUGCAAUAGUUGGAUUUAUCUACGGGUACGUGGCUGAACAGUUCGGGUGGACUGUCUAUAUAGUUAUGGCCGGAUUUGCUUUUUCGUGUUUGUUGACACUUCCUCCAUGGCCCAUUUACCGCCGGCACCCCCUCAAGUGGUUACCUGUUCAAGACUCAGGCUCAGAAGACAAGAAACCAGGGGAAAGGAAAAUUAAGAGGCAUGCUAAAAAUAACUAAUUAGGCUUUUCAUGAUUUAGCUUUACUCUUGCACCGGCUUUCCUUUUGCUUGAGAGCAGCUCAGUUUUCAUACUCAAAACAUGAGCUAAAACCCACUGCUGCUCUUUUGGCAUAGCUGUGUGUAGAUUUUGUUUUCCUUAUAGUUCACUUCCAGCUCAGCUGGCUUUUGAUUUAUAAAUACUUCAGACCUCCUCUUCAUAAUAUUCUUCUGAAAUGAGAACAGGAAACACAAGUAUGCAAAGUUUCUUUCAGGUCUACCAAAAUGAUGAAUAAAUGCCUCUUAAAUGAAAGUACAAUUUAACUGUCAAAGUUUUAUAGUUCACUAUGAGUGGUUAAAUUGUUUUAAUGUUUGCAAUUAAAACUCAGUGCAAGUCUGUGUCUAAA